UAUUGACGUAAUGAAUAGUGAGAUACCGACAGUUUUAUUUAUAUGAAAUAUAUUAUACACACGUAGGUAGAAUUGGAAAGGGGCAAUCAUUGAACUUCUCGACCGUCGACAGUUAUUCGUUGAGCUAGUACGGUUUUCAUUGAUCCGGUGUGGGAUAUAUUGAUGCAGAUUAUUAGACAAAGACAAUGGUCCGUUGCUUUCUUCGCGAAAACCGUGCCGGGCAUCGAUGAGUCGAACCUGAAGUACUGGUACUUCCUGUAACACAUUGCCAGAAACAAAAUCUGUACACAUGUCGUUUAGCUACGUGUUACUUAAAAAUGUACCUGGUGUAUAUUCGUGGACCUUUAUUGAAUUUUCUGCUUCUUGAGUCAUGGAUACGUGUGUCAUAUGGAGACAUAACGCUUCGCACGAUGGAUGCUAAAGCGUUUUUUACCAUAGAAUGCAUGUCACAUGUUGACAUAACAAUCCGCUUCUGUGACAAAUUAAACCAUACGCACAUUAUAGCAGAAUGUGACGCGGAGAUGGAUUUUUGCUUUUUGGUUGAUAAAUCUUUUGCAAAGCACUAUGCAGUUUUUUACACUGGUGAAGGUGCAAUUUUAAACGUAUUAAUGGACACAGAGGAAACACUUGGGAAAUAUACCGUUUGCGAAACCUAUAAUUCAGGACAUUGUGAAAGCAUGGAAAUAAUGGCGUUGGCUACGAAUAGUUCUUACAACAGAUCGGACCAGAUGACCAGCAUGAAUUUAAUUGAAUUACUUGAAAAAGUUCAAAAUUGUGCAAACGUGUGUAAUACAUCACAAUCGGUUGUUGAUUCGAUGAGGACGGUUCUGCAAGCAACAAUCUAUAUACUUGUUCUUACUACUCUUCACGUGGCCAUAACAGUGUGCGUGCCUGAUGCUUACAAAGCUUCGUUGCUGCGACUCUUUAGAAGAAUGGUGAAAAAGUCAGAUAGAUAUAAGAAGGAUGGAAAUAGGUUUGACCUGGUGAAGAAACUUAAUGCAAAUGCUGAACAGAAUGGAGAGGAAGAAGGUAAUUUUAGAGCUGUCGAUUAAAGUAAAGUGAAGUACGUUGUAGUGGAGUGAAGAAAAGAGUAGAAGAUCGAUAUUAUGAAAACGAUCAUAUGUUUAUUCGUCUGUUGGAAAUAAUACAAGAUGGAUAGAAGUGAACACCCUUAAUGAGUGGUACGACAAUUGCAUUAUAAAGGAUUAAAUGUAACUCAUUCACGAGAGUAUGCCUCACAUGUGAUAUAUAUUUGAAAAAAAAAAACAACUGUGUAAACUUAACUUUCUAACAAUUGAUGAAGAGCAAUUCAUUAACAAUAAUGAGUAUGUUUGAACAUCAAACUGACCUUUACAUAGCUUACAAAUCGGUAUCUUCGUACGAAGUUACAGUUAACUUGCUUACAUAACACUAAAUGAAUUAAGCGGAUAUCUUAAUAAGAUAUUGAUAAAAUGAUUUUGACAAUCACCACGAACCGUAAACUGUAAAAAAGAAUAGUUUAUCACCACGUUCAAUCCAGCAAGCGUUAGAUAUAAGCUUAGGCUAACGCGUACAACUUGCUUCGGUCGUAAUAUUAAUGAAUUCUCCAGUAGCGAUAAAGCUACAGUUAUAAUUGAACUUAAGGAAAUGGUGGCAUUUGCAUUACACACAACAUCAUAUUAUCGAACAUAUAUGUUUAAGUCAAUAUGUCAGUCAUCGUGUUAUUCAACUUACGGAACUGACCAACAUAAUGAAUAUCGCAACAAAUUGCUGGAGACGAAACAUCCUCUUCAAAACCGAAGAUCACGGGAUCCCAAGAGUGUUCCUAAACGAGACAAACCAUCGUCAAAUAAAGUCGGAUUUUACGCUGCACAGCAAAGUCCACAGUGGCUUUUGUCUUGCGACAUGAAUGAGACAUCCACAUGUUGCGGAUGUCAAUUUUGAAACCAUCAUUUCGCAUUAUUUAAUACCCGAUGUAAAAUUAAUAACUUUUAAAUAUUAGUAAUAGUUUACAUUUAAAGAUCUAAAUGUAAUAAAUGUAAAAAAUGAACAUGCGUAUCUAAAAGGGAAAUAAUUACAAUAACAUAUAAUAACAAAAGGGAAUUUUAUGAACGACUUUGACAUUGUGAACUAUUGUUAACAGCAAAAACUUCCGAUGAAUGAUUUAUAAAAAACGAACUAUGUGUUUGAACGUAAGUAUAUAACAUGACAAACAUUGGACAGUAUUCUUUAAUAUACAAAUGGUACAAUUCCAUAUAUUCAAAUCACAAUGCAACAUUGACUCGGAUUUUUUUAGGGUUUUAAAAAAUGAGAUGUUGUUGAGCAUUCAAAUAGUGAAUGUUCAACAAUGUUGAACAUGCAUAUAAUUAUAUGUUAACUAAAAUAGCACUACACUUAGGUACACUUAGGUCGACAAUGUGUUUUUUUUGUUAUUAUUGACGUAUUGCUUUGUUUUACCUACGUAUGCCACUAUUUAGUAAAAGAAAUAACCUUCAAACUGGCUAAAACACUUAAUCAGCAAAAUAAUUCAGUUCGGUGCCCUUUCCGAGUUUUCCCCGUUUCGGUGCGGAUGAAAAUGUGACUCUUUAUCAUGUUAUAUUUGUAUCGUCUGUGCUAAGUAUAUUUCUCUUAAAAUAACAAACAAAGUUAUAAAAGACGAUGAGGUAGAACAAACACUCUAAAAAGUGACAGACGAUACCAAUAUUCAUUAAAGAAGGAAUACACAAUUAUUGAAAUAAAAUGCAUAAAUAUAUUGUAAAUAACGUUUCAAAUAUUAAUUGAUGAAAUGUUCAUUGAUUAUAACAUUUAUGAUAAUAAUAUAAAGACAUAAAAUAUGAAUGUUUACCAUUUUUAUUUUGUGUUACAGUCAACUAUAUUAUUUUGUUAAAUGUCUUUGAAUAGGACAACUUUUUAUAUUGGUUUUCUUUGAUGUAUUUACAUUUUUAACCAUAAGCUUUUGUAAAUAAUUCUAUUUGUACAGGCUUAUUAUAUUCAGAACAUUUUUGUUUAAAUAUACCAUUAAACUAUAAAACUAUG